UUCAUAGCUGAUUUUCCCCUUGAUAAGGUAUCGAUUAGUUUCUGUACAUAUAUACAAGUUAAUUAUGUAAAUGAUUUAUCUUUUUUUAUGGGUUUCAAUUAAAGAUGUCAAGUGGAAUGACCAUUCUAGAAGGUGAAAAGAAUUCAGAGUCUUUCAUAGAGGUUGAUCCAACCGGAAGAUACGGUCGGUACGAUGAAUUACUUGGUUCAGGCGCAGUGAAGAAGGUUUACAGAGCAUUCGAUCAGGAAGAAGGAAUAGAAGUAGCUUGGAACCAGGUCAAAUUGCGAAACUUCUCCCAAGAUAAAUCCACUAUUGAUAGGUUAUACUCUGAGGUUAAUCUACUCAGGACUUUGAAUCACAAAAACUUAAUCACUCUUUACAAUGUCUGGACUGAUUUGGACAAUAAUACAUUCAACUUCAUUACCGAAGUUUGUAUCUCUGGAAAUCUUAGAGAGUAUAGGAAUAAACACAAGCAUGUUUCAUUGAAAGCAUUGAAGAAAUGGUCGAAACAGAUUCUCGAGUGUUUGAAUUAUUUACACACCCAUGAGCCGUGCAUAAUUCAUAGAGAUCUUAAUUGCAGCAAUGUGUUCAUCAAUGGUAACAUAGGCCAGGUUAAAAUUGGCGAUUUGGGUUUGGCUGCAAUUGUGGGUAAGAGUCAUAGUGCUCAUUCAGUGUUGGGGACACCAGAAUUCAUGGCUCCAGAAUUAUACAAUGAAGAUUAUACAGAAUCAGUUGAUAUAUACUCAUUUGGUAUGUGUGUGUUGGAAUUGGUUACUCUUGAACUACCUUAUAUGGAAUGUGAUAAUGUUGUCAAGAUAUAUAAAAAGGUCACUUCUGGAAUCAUGCCUCAAGCAAUGAACAAGAUUUUGGAUCCUCAUGUGAAGGGUUUCAUUCAAAGGUGCCUUGCCAAACCAGGGACUAGACCUUCUGCUGCUCGUCUUCUCCAAGAUCCAUUCUUUGACGAGAUUUCGAAACAAUGAAAAUUUUAUGGAAAUAGUAACAAAAUUGUUGCCCAAUAUGUAUGUAAUUAAUUAAAAAUCUCAAAUUGUAUCAAU